AUGUACUCUUCAAACUAUCUCUCUGUCUUUAAACCAAGCGAUAUUAGAAGUUAUAAAAUUAUUGAUUCUAAAAUUAAUGAACCAACUGUUAUCUUAAGUUCUCCUCCUCCUUUAGAAGUUGUUAAAGAAAAAUCAGCAAAACCAAUUACAACUGUUAUCAAAGAACGUAAAACCAAAAAAUAUUGGUCAACUGAACAAAAGAAACUUGCAGUUGAAAAAGCUAAGAUAUUAGGAUUAUCUAAAGCAACAAAAUAUCUUCAAGUUACUUAUCCAGGAAUUUAUAGUGAUUUAUCUCCAAGUACAUUACAAUAUUGGAUUCAUAAAAAUAAUCCUCAAAUUUUAUCAAUCUGA